GAAAACGCAGAAAACAUGUACUACUUCUCAGAGCUCGCCCUCACUCUCAACGCCUGGGAAGGGGCACUGCACCCACAGACAGCCGGUUGCGGCCUGACCAGAGACUGAUGGAAAAUGGGCGCUGGGAUGAAGCAAAUGCUGAGAAGCAGCGCCUGGAGGAAAAACAGAGACUUUCCAGGAAAAAGAGAGAAGCAGAAGCUAUGAAAGCCACUGAAGAUGGUACACCAUAUGACCCCUAUAAGGCCCUGUGGUUUGAGCGGAAGAAGGACCCUGUCACCAAGGAGCUAACCCAUGUUUAUAGGGGUGAAUACUGGGAAUGUAAGGAAAAGCAAGACUGGGGGCUCUUGCCCAGACAUUUUCUGAAGCGGCUGUAA